AAUGCGGCCAUUGGUUUACUUCAGUCACAUGACAGUAUUGACAUCCAUUUUAUUUUCGGCUAGUAACUUGAAAAACUUAACUUUUACUAGAAGACACACAAAAGAACAUACACCAGAUUAGUAAAUUCCCAACAAUGGAAGAAAAGAGGUCCUCGGGAAGGUAGCCAAAAUGGUUUGAUCGUGAUGGGGCCUAAUUUAGAUUCAAAUUUAUAAUAUGGCGUCGAAACCAAUGAUGGGUCCCAUGAUUAAAUUGACAAUAUAUUUUUAAUUUUUAUUUAGGCUAAGCUAAAAAAUAAUAUAAUAAUGUCAACUGGUUUUUACUAAUAAUGAAAUGACACUAAUCAGUAAUCACUACUUCUAAUAAAUUCUAAUGUUAAAUCAGGUGUUCUUAAAUUAAAUAAACUUCAUUUUCAUGGCUUUGAAAGACUAUCAUAUGCACACCAAAUUAGUUGGGUUUUUUUAAGAACAACUUUAUAGGGCAUGUACUAUCACAAUCACUGUUCCAAGUGUCCAAGUGUUUGUUGACUAAUAAUAUUUCUCAUAAAUUAUGACUUGCUCAUACAUAGGUUAUUAUAAUAUUAUGACAGGCUUAUUAAUUAUUAUAUUGAGGUGGCUAUUUGGACCCGGGUAUCAGAAGUGAGAGGUUGGGAUUGAAAAAUAUUAAAAUCAGUUGGAUUUGUAUAAAUAUAAUAAGGUUACCACUAUUCGGACCUGAGUCCCUUUAGACUUUAGACUAAAUGCCAUUCGGAUGUCAUUUGUGGUAGUUUUAGUUUAUUUUAGUUAACUGAAGAAUUAAGUUUAGAGUCAUAUAGUCCAUUCAAUAAUCUUUCAUUUGAUACCAAACUUUGUCUUACAUACAGACCCUAUUUUAAAUUAAAUUAAAUAUUCUUUAAUAAACCCAACUUCUGAUACCCGAGUCCGAAUAGCCGCAGCCUUAUUAUAUUUAUUUUACACCACACUAGUCCUAGUUUUGUAACUUUUUUUUUUUGCUUUCAUUUUACUCCCCUGCUUUUAUUAAAUUAUUAGUCUUAAUUAGACUACUUGCAAAACUACACAUAGCCAUAAUCCCUAAACUUACCUAAAGUAUAAAAGUAAAGUAUUAGUAUUACCACCCAAAAAAAAGUAAAAAAAUUUGUAGAUUGUAGGCUACAAAACAAAAUAAUUACAUCAUCAAUAACACUAACAGGCCAUUAACUUAAUGCCCUUAACUAAAAAUACAAGUGAAUUAGUACCAUACUAACAAAACAUCUUCAUUUUAAAUAGCCUAACCCCUAAAAGUUAGAUUAAGUAGUAAACUUAAACUGAGUUCAAUUACCGUACCCCCAAGUCAAUAAGUUCAAAAUAUCAGCAAUAUUCAAUACUAUUGAUAUUGAAGGAUCUUCAGCUUAUUUAUCCUAGUAAUACUUAGUAUAAUCUAUGAACAAAAACUCAGUCCUUUAGUGAGUAGAGUAUUGAUCAUCAUUCAAAUUUUGACAUCUCCAAGCACUUUUCUCUACUGAUUGAAUUGAUGAUGCAGAUGAGACCUAAAUUUAGUUUUUACGCUUUACUAAUUUAGAAAUUAGGACUUGUACCGGUACUUAAACUUCAGCUGAAAUUUUAAGAAAUGUCUGUUGUCACAGAAACUCCAAUGCUAAGAUUAUUUUUCUAUUUCUAUCAUUUUUAGAAGUUCACUUAUGGAUUUUUAAUGAACUUUAUGUAUUGUUGUAUUUAGGCCUAAGGCGCCACCCAUAAAUAAUGUUUCGCAUCAGGGUGGUUGGGGGGGUGUAAGGAAUUUGUGACUGUGUGAUUGAUCAAACUGUCUUAUUUGUGUUACUGGUACAUUCUUUUGGCAAUUACAACUUUAUUUACAGACAACUUAUUUGUUGCUAAAUAAUCUACUAAUUGUUACUGGUACCAUAUUUCUCAUAGAUUUUCAAUGGAUUAAGAUGAUUUUAUAUUUCUGAAUUCAGGGCAAAAAGACAAGCAAAAGUUCUAGAUGAGGGGUUUUGGGAUUGCAGUGUGUGCACCUACAAGAAUUCUCCUGAAGCUUACAAAUGUGAAAUGUGUGAUGUCAGAAAAGGGACUUCUACAAGGUUUGAAAGUUUUAAUGAUUUUUUUGUGGGCUUAAUGUGAACUUUUUGCCAUUUCAAAGUAGAAAGCUGAUUGUACAUAUGGUACUUUUUAAAUUUUAAAAAAAUACAUGUAGCUUUUUCUCAUUGCUUUAAAACUACAAGUUUAUUGAAAAACUUAGCUACAAACUGCUAUAUUUUUUUUUCAUCCAAAAUUUCUUAGAUAAUAAUAAUUUUAUAAAUACAUUACCAGUAAUUAAAACAUUUCUUGAUGAGUUUAGCUUAUACAAAGUCUGUGUAUUAAUAUUAAAUAUACACAGUCCAUUGAAAAUCAAUGGGUGAAAAAUUUAUAUCUCUGUUGUUUUUAAAAAAAAUUAAACAUUUGUUCAAUUUCAAUUUUAAAUGUACUGAGUAUUAAAUCUCUUUGCAUUUUAGAAAACCCAGGAUAAAUCCCCAGUUAGUGGCACUACAGAAAGCCCAACAAUUUGCACCUCCUCCUAAAAAAGAAAAGUCACAUUCAUCCAGAAAGGAAAAAGGUGGAGACAGUAGUUCAGAUUCAAAUCGGUAAGCAGGAAACACAUUACUUGCUUUUGCUCUCAUGUUGUUGAUUGAACAUACCCGUAGCCUUUUCUAACUUUUCACUUUCGCUUUUAGAUUAAGAACAGAAUUAAGAACAGAUUUUUAAUACACACAAGUGAACGGCUAAUUUAGAAUUAUUAUUUUUUGUUUCUUUAAAGAUUAGCAGGUGUAAAAAGAGGGGAGUGGGGAGGAGAUAUAAUGGUUUUUACAAUGCUCCUUAUUUUAAUAAAUUUUAUGUUUAAAUCAUUUUCAAUGCCCGUAUGUACUGAUAUAUUUAUUUACCUUCUUUCUGUUCAGUGUACCUAGAUUAAAGAAUAUUGACAGAAGCCGUCCAUCCCAUUUGUCUGUAACAGUAGGAAAUGUAACAGUUGUUGUUACUGACUACCAGCCCAAACCAGAUCCGAGGCCGUCGGAUAGCCAUUUAAGUUCUGAUGCCAGUGACACUAAUUCCGUUACAGCCCCUGAUCUCACAGAUGACUCAUCUCGAGAUACAUGUGCUACAUAAAGAAAAAUUAUAAAUUUUUACAUCCAGGAAAAAUGUUCCCAAGUGUAGUGUUGAUAUAGAUUUGCCAUGCUGUUUUUAAACAUUUUUUUUUUUUUAAAGAUGAAAAUAAUUGUCAUUGGCCAUAUUAUAUUAGAAAAAUCAUUUAGAAUAUUAAAGCACCUUUUAUUUUUCAUUUAAAUUUUAAAAUGUAGGUAUUAUUAACUUUGUAAGUUUUAAGUUUUGUAAAAAAUUAUUUUUUAUUUAUCUGUUUGCAUGCAUAACCCAUUGAAGAUGCAUCUUAACACUAGUGCUGACAACUUGAAUUACUUUGGCCUAGUUCUUGUUGUGACGUGAGAGGCAUUUCCAAUUCCAUCCACAUAGCUCAUCUAGUAAAUAAAUCACAUGCUACUUAAGCGCAGCUCAGAGUAAAAUAAUUUAUUGCAAAUUUCAAUAAGUAACUUGAUGGGAAAAGAUUUUUCCCUUCAUAUUUUAGAGACAGGUACACACAUAAUGGGAUACAACUAAUAAUCUAUUCAAAAUAUGUAUUAUAACAAUGUGCUGUAAAAAAUGUCGACCAUCAGAUUAAAAAUCAGAUUAAACAUUUUCAUAGUAACUAUUGUAAGGAUUUACAGGACAUUUCAGACAUUAUCUCAUUGAAAUAUCAGUAAAUUGGUGACUGUUUACAAUAUGUAACAUCUUUAAUCUACAUUUGGUCUGUUUAUGUGUGAAAUGGGAUUUUAAUACAGCAAACAUCUUAGCAUUCAGUGCCAGCACCAAAAAUUAAAACUGCAAUGACAGCUACUUUUGUUAAGUAUUGUGAGGGAAGGAAAGAUGUGAAAUUCUGCCCAUAGAAGGAAAGAUUAUUCAUAAGUGUUUAUUGUUGCUAUGCUGACAGGCGAUGUGGAUAUAAAAGAAAAGAAAUGGCAGAUAGUUAUUUAGUGUUUCACAAAAGAAGGUUUAUUAGUAUAUUUAUCGUGAACAUGCCGGAAAUAUGUUUUGAAAUCAGGAGCGGGUAUGGCACUGCAAAAUAUUAAGAAAAGAACCCCUGAACCAGAUUUUAAUUAUACAUUUCUUUCUCUUUGCAAAAAGAACACAAAUUACUACUAUGAAUAAUUUUAAAAACUUGCUUUUUUAGUAAUUUAUUGUUUUGUAGGUAUUAAAAGUAGCCAGUUUAUGCAAUCAUUUUCUAAGCUCUGUUAUACGGUUAAGUAUGCAGAAUGCCUUGUUCUAUUCACCAUUGUUACGAUAGGCAGCAAAAAAUACAUUUCUGAGAAAUUUUACUACAAAACAAAAUCAGAGCUUGACUGAUGCAGACAUUUCUCAAGGGACAUUCAUUAAGCUUAACUUAAAAGCACAGUGUUUCCAACUACUCUCUCGCAGAGCAAAAGGUUGAAAGCAGGAGUUAUGUAAGAUGUGUCUUGGGUCUCAGAAAAUAAAUUGAGGUGAUAAUUGGAUUAUUGGUUUGCAUUGACGGCUAAUCAGAUUAUUUUCUCAGUAUGCUUAGUAAAAUUAGUGAAAUUUAUCAGGUAAUGCCUUAUUGUAAAAGCUUCUCAGUGUAAAUUGGAGGCAGAGUGGACACAUAACAAAUAUCACAUUUUCUAAUACAUAAAAUGGUUUUAAUGCCAGACAUGAUUUCAGUUAAGACCUUUUUCUUUCACCUUAAUUUAAUUUAUCUUGUUCUUGUAUUUUUUAUUCGUUUUAAAACAUAUUGGAAUUUGCUUUUUAAACAUGGGUUAUGUAUUUACUUACUGUUUUUUUUUCCUUUUCUGGCAAAUAAGGACUGAUUUAAAAAUUAUUUAGAUUUUAUGUCAUGGCGACCUAAUUAUAUUAGCCUAUUUUAAGUAGUUCCCCUAAAAAAGCAUAGUCUUUAAAGUUUAACUCAUGGAAUAAUUUUUUUUUUUUUCAACAUUAUAGUUCAUAAUAAAAGAAGGGCAAGUAAAUAGACAUAUCAUUAAAUGAGGAUAAUGAAUGCAUGCAUGGUGAGUUUUAUUUUUUAAUCUUCAAGUUCUUUUUAAUUUGUAAAUAUUGUAAAUAAACAAGCUUUCACCAAUGACAUGCUCAUUUAACGUAAUUAAUAAUUUUAACUUGCAUUUUAUCUUGUACUGUACUCAUUGAUUCAUUUCAUUGACCAUUUUAUGUGGAAUAUUUUUUUUAAGUUGGUCGAGCAUCAAACCAUUGCGUGAAACCGAUUGCUUAAAAAAAAUUAUUUUCAUCUUAUGUACGGUGAUAUAUAUGUGUAUAUAUAUAUAUAUAAAUAUAGUGAAAUCAUUAUUCAGUAUCAUUGCAUCAAUAUUGUGUAAUCUUAGUCUUACACUUAAGAUUUUGAAAUUUUGUCUUCCCUUGUUAAUGGUUCCAUUGCAUACUAAGUUUUUUUUUUAAAUGGUCAGUUAAGUUUUAUCAUUUAUGUCAAUAUAUUUCUUUGUAUUUUUUUUCCCAGACUUACUGGUUAAAUUACAUGCAGUGGAGUCCACUUAAGAUGAUAAGUCCCCUGUUCUCUAAAUUUCUGUAAAGAAACCUUCUUUAGUGUAAUUUUUUUCUCUUCUUUUUGUGAAAAGUGUCCUAUGAUGCUAAUUGAUCUAUUGUUAUUAAUUUGGGUGUCCUAUGAUGCUAAUUGAUCCAUUGUUAUUAAUUUGGCAUGUCAACUCUCUUUUCCUCAUCUUUAUUAUGCUUUCAAGUUGUAUAGACACUGGAUGUAGAGAUGAAAGUAUAAUAUCUAUGCUUAAUUGUAUAGUGGAGUCUUCUAGGAAUAUGAUUUGUGUAAUUAAUAGCUGUAAUGUUAAAGAGAGCAAAUUUAUUUAAGUUAUCAGCAGAUUGACAAUAAGUGUGCUCACAACACCAUGCAGUUCUAAUCAAUAUUUGUAUAUACCGGAUCUAAAAUUCUAGCGAUCUAAAAUUCGAGCCCGUUUUGUGUGAAUUUUUCUAUUUGUUGAUUAGCCCCCUGAGCUAAUUUUUUAAAGAAAGAUAAAUUACAACCAAUUAUCAUUUAUUUAUAUACACUUACACUUACACACACAAAUAGAUAUAUAUAUAUACACACACACACACAGAAACAUAUAAUAAAAGCAUGUGAAAAGCUGUUUAGGCUAGGCACUCUAUACAUUUAAAAAAAAAACAGCAAGCAUAUUAUUAAUAUUCAAUUUAUUUGUAUUCCAUUGUAAUUUAGUUUCUGAUAAUAAAAAAACAAAUAGAUAUAUAUAUAUACACACACACACACAGAAACAUAUAAUAAAAGAAUGUGAAAAGCUGUUUAGGCUAGGCACUCUAUACAUUUAAAAAAAAAACAGCAAGCAUAUUAUUAAUAUUCAAUUUAUUUGUAUUCCAUUGUAAUUUAGUUUCUGAUAAUAAAAAAAAAAAAGUAAAGAACUUUGUUCCAAAAUUGAAUUUUUCUAGUCAUUAGUUUCUUUGUUAAAUUUGAAGUUUUAAAAAAUAAUGAGAGAUUUAAACAUUUAAAAGCUUUAAAGUUUGUGAUUUAAACAUUUAACAGCAAUUCAUUUUAACUGAAGUAUAAUUUUACUCACAUUUAUGGUUCUUUCUCCUCUCUUCAAGGUGUCCCUAUUAUUUUGUUUUGUAAUAAAAUGUAAUAAUUUGUUCAUGGUAAAACAAAAAAAUAAUUUUGUGAACAAAAACUGAAUAUAAAUAUAAAAAUAAAAAAAUUAUGUUAUUUAAAUGUGUUUGUUCUUAAGUUUUAUUUUUAAAAAGCUGGCACUCUAACCCUGCACACAGACAAAUUACUCUGUAAUUACUAUUAUUUUAUGCACAGAGUUCUGAGGUACUGUGAUUUUAGCUGCGCAUGUAUAGUUCAUAAAUAUUCAUUCAUGCUGUUUAAUGCGGAAUUUUAUAAACAUCGGUUCAAACUUUAUAAAAACAAACAUUGGUAACAUUCACAAUAAAACAAAACUUAUAUAAGUAGUUGUACAUGUAAUUUACACCUACUUCAGGACUCAUAAUCAUAAUUUUUUUAAAUAUAUUCUCUAAAGAUGCACACAAGAAAUGUGAGAAAAUUGACAAAUAUAGCUCUCGAAGUAUCACAGUUUUAAAGAUUGUUUAAUUUAUUUAUUUAUUUAUUUAGGCAUUUUUAUAUAGCGCUUAUCAUAAAGCUCUAAGCGCUUUACAGUUAUUAAAACAUGUAAACUAAGUAAAUACAAAUGAGACACUAGGAUAGUAACUACUAUUCUAUAGA